CUUUUUUCUUUUUUUUUAAACAUUGCAUCAAACCAUCGCUCAAUUGUACUGUGCUUGUGUCAUCAGAGAAUAAAGAAAAAAGGAACCACAAAAGAGCCCAUGUUAGUUUGUAACCAACAUGGUUGUUCCAGAAAAGCCAUCGACACCCAGUCAUGCCAGUAUGACUGAAUUUCCCCCACUUGUAUUUCCACCUCCGCCCGCAAAGUCAGGUCAAACAAUUCUCAACAGCUUCUUCUUAUAUGAGACAAAACAUAGAUUUUACAUUGUAGGAACGAAUGCGCCCGCUGCGACAAAGUUUCGUGUGCUUAAAAUUGACAGAACUACACCACGAGAUGAACUCAACAUCACAGAGGAUGAGGGAGAAUACACAAAACCCGAAGUCGAUGACCUCCUCGAGAUGAUUAAACAUGCCAACAAGUCUACAGGUGGAAGGCGUGAUAUUACCAAAUUUUAUGGCAUUGUCGGUUUUGUCCGAUUUACAGAAGGCUACUAUAUCAUCUUGGUCACCAAACGAAGCCCUGUCGCGUUAAUUGGGGGCCAUUACGUCUUUCAUAUCGAGGCCACCAUGACCAUCUCUAUUCACUCAUCCACAACACCAACUUCGAAAUUAGACAAAAACUCGGACGAAGCACGGUACCUUCAAAUGUUUCAAAUGGUGGAUUUGUCAAAAAACUUUUAUUUCUCAUACUCGUACGAUAUCACAAGAACCCUACAAUGGAACAUGAGCAGAAAUCCACAGGCCGAGGGCCGCAACCGGAUGUUUGUGUGGAAUCAGUACUUGCUAGAGAACGGAUUCGGAGAGUCCGGAAUUGAGAGCCAAUGGGCAUUACCUAUCAUGUAUGGCUUUGUGGAUCAGUCAAAACUUUCAAUCCUCGGACGCAAUGUCUUCAUUACGUUGAUUGCCCGGAGAUCUAGGUACUUUGCUGGAGCUCGCUUCUUGAAGCGUGGGGUCAACGAUAGAGGAUAUGUAGCUAACGAUGUUGAAACCGAGCAAAUAGUUUCGGAAAUGUCAGUAACAUCAUUCUACGCUGCUGGGGCUUUAAGUGCAAAUCCCAAUCACACCUCUUUUGUUCAACACCGUGGAUCUAUUCCUCUGUACUGGACCCAGGAUUCAACCAACAUGACUCCCAAACCUGCCAUAGCGCUCAAUGUCAUCGAUCCAUACUUUACGGCUGCUGCAUUUCACUUUGACGAUAUGUUCAAACGAUAUGGUGCCCCCUGCAUUGUCCUGAAUCUUAUCAAAGCUAAGGAGAAGACUCCCCGAGAGUCGAUAUUACUGAGUGAAUUUACCGACUGUAUUGAGUAUUUGAACCAGUUCUUGCCCGAAGACAAAAAAAUCUGGCAUAUAAAAUGGGACAUGUCGAGAGCUUCCAAAAGUCCGGACGAAAAUGUCAUUUCGGUUUUAGAAAUCAUUGCUGAAAAGACGUUCGCCCGAACAGGCUUUUUCCACAGUGGUUACAGUCAAGACCCGGAAGGCAAGCACAAACAAAAUAUUCCUUUUGGAUCAGGAUGGCAAAACGGUGUUGUUCGUACCAACUGUAUUGAUUGUCUGGAUCGAACAAAUGCAGCGCAAUUCAUCAUUGCCAAGUGCGCACUUGGACACCAACUCUUUUCACUAGGUCUGAUUUCUGAGCCUGUAGUGCCUUUUGAUUGCGAUGCAGUCAACAUGUUGACUGAGAUGUAUCACGACCAUGGUGAUACAAUUGCUCUACAGUAUGGUGGAUCACAUUUAGUCAACACUAUGGAGACCUAUCGGAAGAUUAAUCAAUGGACAAGCAAUAGUCGUGAUAUGAUCGAGAGCAUCAAGAGAUUCUAUAGCAAUAGCUUUGUGGAUGCGGAAAAACAGGAUGCUAUGAACUUAUUCUUGGGGAACUAUCGUGUUCAGAAAGGCGUUGGCCCUGCGUUAUGGGAGCUCCCGGGAGACUACCAUCUUCACAAUACUACCGUUCCUGAGCUUAAAAGCAUUCGGAAGUGCUAUAUCAGAUGGUGGAGUCCUGAUGCAUUACUUCCUCAGGAUGUCUUGGCACGAAAGAGCUUUCAAAUAACUCAUGAUCAUACUUAUGAAUAUGAUUCUGGGUAUGAUUAUUUCCCAGAAUAUGCAGAUGAAUAUAACGACGGAUAUGUUGAUGAUCAAUAUGAGCCUUUCAUGGAAUCAGAUCAAAACAACACCGUUGGCUAUGAUUCCACUGAAUCAGGGGGUCUCCCUGAUUAUCAGAAAAUCAAAGCACCCCAAUCUGAACUAGAAGGAAACCUCUCUGGAAAUACCAAACAAACAUCUGAGAAGGAUAGUCGUAUUGAUACUGUAAAUUCUACUGUCGGAUUUUCUGGAUCGCUGCAACAGGAGGAUGAAUCUGAACCCAUUACGCAAAUUACAAAGCUGGAUCCAACCCUUUCUCUCCUGGGCUCGCAAGGCAAAAGAGAGUCACUAAGCUCGGAGCAGACUUCACUGCAAGAUGAAGGCUUACUAGAUUUCAGCGAGCGAGUCGUUCCACCCCUUGUUAUGCACGUUAAUCCACAGAUCUCAGAGGAAAGUAAACCAAAGUCGCCAUCGUCUUCAGUGUUGUCCAUGCAACGAUACCAGCAUCCACGCUUGAGGGCGUCUGCAUCAAGAUCAUCGCUUUCCUCGUCAUUUAUAGGCUAUGGAGACAGAUCAAGUUCUUCAGCAUUAUUAUCAAAAGGAGAAAAGCUUGUAUAUGAUGGAGUCGAGUCCUGUGAUAAUUUCAAUGGCGAUCCUGUAUCGAUAGAAUGGGAAGAGUAUUGGGACGAAUAUUAUCGGCCAAAGGCGCUAACGUCUUUUCAGUUGCUGUUUGCAUACAACAUGACCUCGACAAGUCGACUUAUGCCAUCAAACAUCAAGAAUACAUCAGAACAAAGUCCAUUCGAAGUGCGCCAGAUCCAUAACCCCCCGUCGCAAACGGAGAUUAAUGCAAAGGCUGCUGCGAAAUCUGAAAGGAGGUCGAUGCUCGGCUGGCUUACUGGAAGCAGCGACAAAAACAAAAAUGCUAAAGCUGGCUCUAAAACGUUGCCUGUGAGCAGUGGGCGUAGAAAGGGAAUUAUCUCAAGCUUGGACGAUGACCCUACAUUCCAAGAAAAAGGUCACAGCCAUGAGCACAAGGAUGGCGUUGCACGACAUGCUCGUGGGAGCCGUCUGUCCAUCACUUCCUUUCCAUCAUCAAUAACCCAUGAGUUUGACGAAAAAUCAGCGACGGCAGCGGCUCUCCGGGCGCGCGAUCAACAGCAGGGUCAAGUUAAAAAAGUCCGCUUACCGGCACAUGUCCCAUUGUCCAAAGAAAAAGUAUUUGAGCUUACGAAGAAUGUCUCAACGAAUCUGCCCAAAUAUGCAAUUCAUGACACGUCCUUUGUACCUAAAUCGGACAAGCCGUCAGAUCUGGUGGAUGAAAAGGGAGCUUCUGGGGCUGAAGAUAUUCACAAAGACGGAGCCUCAACUGUAGCCUCUACUGAGGUUGGAGCCAAGGGGCGGUCACCUAUGGAGGAGAUUGUAAGACGAUCACUGAAGUCCCAUGUAUCACCCCAUGAGCUUAAUGAGUACAAACGCUAUGCCAAGCAAUUCAAAUCGAUCAGGUUCGACUCUGUCUCAACCAAAGGAAAUGCAUCCGGUCAAGGGCGCCAUAAGAAUAGCUGGCUUCUUGGUACCCCAUACAACACUACUACAGCUACAAUACCUAAGCAUGAAUCAUUCUCAAGCAGAACCAGCCCGAUGCAACAAGAUUCAUCUGGGGAUUAUGUUGAUAGCAAGUAUCCAAAUACGUCCUUAUCGUCCUUCAACUCAAUGCCAACAACAAGGCCAACCCUGAGCAGGCUUCAACGCGGAGGAUCAUCGACUUCAACAACAACCAUCGGAACGACUGAACUUAAUGAAGAGGAUGAGUAUUACUAUGCGAUAUUACGCGCUAGCACCAAAAGAGUCGAGAAACCUCUUCAAACGGACAUUUCAACGACUUCAAAAAUUAAUGAAAAGCAGACUAGUAAUGUUUUCAAUGACAAUGGAGCCUCAAAUCCGUCGCCUACCGCGCUGUCCCCUCUUUCAGCAGAGUCAUCUGGACAAACAACAGUCAUUUCAUUUCCUACGGAUGUCGAUGGCUCAAGCUCUCAACCUCAACAACAGCAGUCAGAAUGUCAGCAUGCUGAACAGGGCACUGAGGAGGAAGAUCGUUAUAAUAUCUCGGAUUACCUGCCGGACCCACCCAUCUUGCUGGCAACUCCGCAGGUGACCAUCAAACCGCCCAGCGAAUCCGAAAUGAUCUUAUACCAUGCCCAUGUUGAGUUGCCUAAGCUGACUCUCUACACUGUGGGGCAGACUAGCCUCAAUCCUUACUGGGGGGCCAGUUCAGGUACUAAAGCCCGUUAUGAUGCAUACAUGAUGUGGAUCAUGAAAGGGCGCUAUGGAAAUGCGGCGCCGGCUAGUAAUAGUACUGCCAAUCAAGCAGGCGAGGGGGAAGCUGGAGCAAAUAACGGAGGUGGAUUUAGCCCGAAUGGUCAUUCUAUUCCCACUGGGGUUAAAGCACGAGCAUCUAUUAAUACAGGAUAUGGGCCAUCAGUUAAGGUAGCCAAUGCUAUUUAAUAGCUCGAUUCCAUUCUUUUCUUAAUAAAGCAAUAACAAUGUGUAAAAU